GGUUUGGUUUAGUGGUGACGUGUCCAAUUAAACGUUAACCCGGUGACGUCGUUAUUUAAACAGGAAGUCAUUUACAUACGAGGCGCGAAGUUCAAGUGUGGUGGUGAGGAAGGUGGCAUGUUCGUCUUGAGUUUGACACGUUAAAUGAAGACCCCACCCAGCAUGGCGAAUUUGUUUGACGAGAUCUCCCAGCGGCUGGACUUCUCCAUUUGUGGGAAGGACUGCGACGGCGGCAGCAGCAAUAGCAGCAGCAGCGACAGCAACUCUGAUGACUGCACAUCCAGGAUGCAAAAUCCCAGCAGCCCUGCGUGCAGGACACCCAGGGUGCAGCAUCACCGCAGUCGAAACAACGCCUUAUCCUCACCUUUACGCUGCACCAGCCCCAUUCCUUACGCCUCCUGGAAGAAGCUGAGGCUUUGUGAUUCCCCCAGCACGCCAAAGAGUCUGUUGUCCAAGUCAUCGCAGCCGUACUCCACCACUAAAAUGACUCGACAUCCGAGGACCCUGCGUUUCACCUCUGCUGUUGCAAGCCUCAUCCAGGUGCCUUCAGUCAACGUGAACCCGUUCACCCCCAACUCGGAGCACAGGAUCGGCGAGCAGCAGCGGUGGAUGAGCAGCCGUAGGAGUGAUACUGAUGCAGAUUAUGGGCGCAGGUUCAAACACAGCCUGACAUCAUCAGAGGAGGAUGAUGAAGCCUUCCUUCCACCAAAGAGGCAAGCUGUCCAAGCCCUCAUGCUGUCACGGUAUGAGAGCGAGUUCCUGGAGCUGGAGCGCAUUGGCGUGGGUGAGUUUGGAACCGUUUACAAGUGUGUGAAGAGGCUGGAUGGUUGCCUGUACGCCAUCAAGCGAUCCCGACGACCCCUCGCAGGCUCUGCAAACGAGCAGCUGGCUCUGAAGGAAGUGUAUGCACAUGCAGUUCUUGGCCACCAUCCCCACGUGGUCCGCUAUUAUUCUGCCUGGGCCGAGGAAGACCAUAUGAUUAUUCAGAAUGAAUAUUGUAAUGGAGGAAGUCUCAGUGAUGUCGUCAGGACAAAGGAGAUGCAAGGGGAGAUGUUUUCUCAGGCAGAGUUGAAAGAUUUGCUAUUGCAAGUUUCCAUGGGUCUGAAGUACAUCCACAGUUUAGGACUUGUGCACCUGGACAUCAAACCAAGUAAUAUAUUUAUUUGCCAGUGUUCUGUCUCAAGCACAGCGGGUGAGGGGGAGAGUGAGGAAGAAGAGGAUGAAGGAAGCCACCCAGCAGGAGUUGUAUAUAAAAUUGGGGAUCUGGGUCAUGUGACAUCUAUCAAUAGUCCUCAAGUUGAGGAAGGGGACAGCCGCUUUUUGGCCAAGGAGGUUCUCCAUGAGGACUAUACCCAUCUUCCCAUGGCAGACAUCUUUGCUUUGGGACUUACCGUGCUGCUGGCAGCCGGGGCUCCCCCAAUGCCCCAAAAUGGAGAUGAGUGGCAUCACCUCAGAGAGGGCAACGUUCCAAUGCUUCCAAGGGAGCUCUCUGCUGCUUUCAAAGGGCUGCUUAAGUUGUUGUUGGAUCCAGACCCGACCAAACGUCCUUCUGCCAGGGAGCUUUGCAAGCACAGCGUCUUAAGGCAGGAGAGAGCUGGAAGACUGGCGGCCCAGCUACGCCGAGAGCUGAAUGUCGAAAAGUUCAGGACAGCCAUGCUUGAAAAGGAGCUCCAGGAGGCCCGCCAGGCUGCUCUGUCCCCAAAGCAUCGCCCGCUGCCUGGCUUGAAACUUGCUGAAAAGACGGGGUCACUGCCGAGGUCAGGGAGGAGGCCUGUGGGUCGGAAGACUGCACGGUCCAUGAGCUUUGGUUGUCCAGGAUAUGGAGUGUGAUGGGAGGAAAUUCGAUCCGCAUGCAUGCAUGCAUGCAUGCAUGCAUGUGUCUCUGCAACCAUUUUGUUGGUUCUGUAAAUAAGUGAUUGGAGUUCUUGGCAAGCACUAGUCAAAUCACAUUCUUCGGUUUUUAUUUUAUUUUUUAAACUGUGAAUAAACAUUUUAAACAUCCA